AUGAUAGGGCGUCUCCUUCAGUUCGGCUCCGGCGGCGGCCAGGCAGGGAAUGCUGCACCCUCCGCCGCCCACGCCCGUCCGGUCUCCUCCCUCGACUCGGUGCAUGAAGACAUACAUACGAGGAAUCUCCUUUUCCCCGAUCCUCGCGCUCUUUUCCAGCAAAACCGCAAUGACCAGGUUUUCCCGCUGUCGACCACCCCGCAGACCCCUCCUGCAUCCGGAGCGGCCAACGCAUUCGACAGCAACGAGGAGGUGGACCUCGACACGCGUGACGUGCGUAUUUUAGUUAUGCAAGACACCUUGGGCCACAUGGGCGCCUCACUCCUGUUCGACAGCCAUCCCGUUCCCGACGCACCAGUCAGCACGGACCGUCCUGCAGCUGACAACAGGAGGGCCUCGACGACAUCUCGUAAGGGAAGCCUAGGACAACACUCGAGACCCGUCUCGAUCAACACGCAGAACCCGAUACCCACUCGCCCUGGUGCCUUCGACAGGCGAGGAUCGAUGCAUACAAGGACGCCAAGCACAAUGGAGACCGAGGCCCAGCGUGCGUCCCGCGAGUAUCGGGACGAGCUCGCCACCUUCUCGAGCUGUAUCUUUGGCAACUCCGAACUCAUGGCCCACAAAGGAACAUCAACGAAAGUGCACACCGUCCCCGCCACGCCUCAACCAAGCGAGGCCUCACAGUACUACUCCUCUAUCAUCGGUGAUGGCAGGACGUCCAUCGGUCGGUCGAGUGGGAGAGCGAGCAAACUGUCGCAGUCGUUCACGUCACAGGGGGGUUACACCACCGCAUUACCGCCCAGUGCCACAUCCUCGGGGUCGAGGAAGAAGAUAUUGAUCACAAGACUAUUCCCCGUACACAUCACCAACGAUGAUGUCACGUCCGAUACGACGCCGCAGCAAAGUCACUACUCGGACGACAACACCGGCUUUCCCUUUCCGUCAGGCAACGAGGAUGCGGCGAAGAAGCGAGUGCCGCACAAGCAGCGCCGCACUCCUAUGUACGCCGUCGUGCUCGUCGUGCAACUGGCGAAUACGAGGUCUUCGACUGUCGCCACACCACGUUCGCUGUUCAGAGAGCCUGGCUCCUACCCGACUGAAGACGUCUUUUCCUCCUCAUACGGCUCCACAAAGCCGCAGUGGUGGGCUGGCAGUGUCCACGGCGAGGGGAUGGAGCCGUCUUCCGCAUUCGAUGUGGAAGAUAGGCUCGACCACAUCACGCAGCAUUGGGACAUUGUCAUGCGCACCUUGACGCAACUCCAGUCCGUGACAGGGACGACACUACGGGCGCUCCUGAAACAAGCUGAUGUUGCCUCGCCAGAGCCAAUGGCAUCUGUACCGCCGGUUUCUUCCGCGCCUAUGCGCGGUCAGGCCUCAUCAGCUAGACGUAGCGGAGAGUUCCCCCGACCCAAGGCGUCAAAGGGAACGACGAAACUUGUCACCCUUGAGCCUGGCUGCUUGAGAGCUGACGUCAACAUCGCAGCUGAGGUACAUCUGGCACGACGGCGACUUGUGACGGGACUCAAGGCUUCCAGAGUCACGACAGGGCAGGGACGGUGGGGCAUCUGGCGGGAUGAGGCUAUCUGGGUGUCCAAGUGGGCGCAGUCUCUAGACCAAAGCCCAUUCUUCUACAACUUGAUGACGGGCUUUCUUGCUACGCACACCGACUGGCUGCAGGCUCUCAGCCCUCCCUCCGUGCGCCGCCGCUACCUGACAUGUCGGCAUCGCAGGGAAGAAGAGGGCCUGUCGCUCCCUGCGCGCACGGUCAUAGUGUCGGAAGACAAGAUGGCGGCGCGCAGGAUGAUCUUCCUACUCUCCGCGUUUCUGCCUUCGAACUCGCAGGUGUCUUUUCCUCGGGCCCACAGGCCGAGCACCUCGACAUCCAUCAGUGGUUUCGCCCAGUCGCCGCCAAUGUUCGUCGCGCCGAUGCUCAAGGAGGAAUCGUUGAGGCGCAAAAUGAACCGCCAAAAGGGCCGAAGAGCUUCACAUUCGAGGACGCAUAGUCAGAGUCAGCGAAGCUCCAUGGUCCCGUCGCAAGUCUCAGGCAACGACCGACGCCUGUCUGACGCCAGCUCUAUCCGCCCGACAAGCCUGGCAAUCACGAGCAAUGAUAUCAUGAGUAGAAAGAGCAGUGUCGCGACUACUACGACCGUUAUGCCCGACACUACUGCGCCACACUUUUCUUCUGUGCAACGAGUCGACAGCAUUAGGAGACCUCGACCGGACAGCAGUGACAGUGUGGCUACAGAUGACUUGAAGAGAUCUUUGAAGCGCGGGGAAGGCAGUGGUCAUCACAGCACUGGAAGUACCGACUCCAGAAGUAGCUCUCGAUGGGGCAGCGUGAUAGGAAGCCUCUGGAGCCCCCGCCGGCGCGGCUCAACUAGCACGAGCUCACCUGGAGCUCCCAACGAUCCAAAAUCACCUACCAGGCCCAUGCCACCCAGACUAGGCAAGUUGGCACAAAUGGUGGAGGAAGCGACGGCCAUGGAGGAGACAGAUGCCUCGGAAGCAGGACGUGCUGCAGGAGCAACAACACCCAAAGACCAGCAGGGACGACCGCGACCAUCUUUCAGCCUGCCGCACCGGACCUCUGAACAGUCUGCUCACUUUGACUCGCCUGUAAAGACGACAGUCAACGAGAAAGACGGCGUCAUCGACGUCGACUUCCCGUUCCCUGACUAUAUAACCUCCAUGGGCUCGGCCAUCAGCUCUCCGUCUAGCAGUGGCUAUUUGUCCAUUCCUGGCCUGGGCGGAGGGUUGGAGUCGUUCGAGCAACUGUCACAAGCCACGCUGGACGGUGAUCUUCACCUGAAUGCCGCAGGAUGGCUUACCCGUUUCCAUCCAGACUUUACAUUGCAGGCUAUACCACCGCAACCUGAUCUCAUGGACAGCGUCAAGGCCACGCUCCGGGCAGAGCCUACGCCCACCGCAGUCCACUCUGCCGAAGGUCUAGCGGAGAGGUGGGUUGAUGUAGGCUCAGUGGUCCUCGCCGAUACAAGCGCCAAUAUUGUGCGGAGAGUCAUCUGCAGGCGUCUGGUCAAGCAACGCUCGCCCGACGCUGGUCAUGCAACCGCUGGAAUGGGCUCUCUGACACCGUCAAUCGUGCCAUAUGAGACGCAACUUGAAGAAGAAUUCAUCGAGGAGGUCAUCUUCAAGGCCGAUGAUGUCCUUGUCGAUGCCCUUGAGAAGGUGCUCUUGUGUACACCAGAUGACAGCAAGGACAGUCCUCUUGCGCGCAGUGCUCCCAGCAAAGGCGAUGCAAGCAGCACCCACACAUUAACCAAUGUACGCGAAGAGCCUGCGCAGCAUGCGGCUGGCCAACUCAAUGUGCCCCGUGUGCAGUGCAAAACGACAAUACUGUCGGCACUGGAAGACAUCAUACGGGACAUGAUAGACCGCGAUAGCCAUCUUCGCGAUGAGCCAGAGGUCGGUGCCGGGGGCCGCUAUCAACUGAGCGUCCUCCAAGGUGCGGUCCGCGACUGGUUGGUCAGUCUCGACGGACCAGAAUGA